AUGGACUUGCAAAUAGUGCAAAUCAAGAAGUUUAGGGAGGUUAUUCCAUGGCUAUUAUCACGUGCUUUUGAAGCGGGGGAAGAUGUGCUAAUUUACGCUGCUUCCGGUGUAGAAGAGAAAGCAACCCACUACAAUUCGGAUACUGCCUCUCAAGGUUUUAGUAGACUCUUAACUGGUUUACUCGGUGGAACGGUCGUAUUGGGAUCUAAGUGGCUAACGUACCAAUUGAUUGAAGAUCACAAAAAGAAGAAAGUGGAUGUGAUGAUUCGAGAGAAGCUUGAGAGGGUUCAGAUUGAGAUUAUGGAAACUGUUGGUAGUGAAUUAAUAGAAUAUGUGGAAGGGAUUAGAGAAGAAUUUCAGAGAGAUAUCAUAGAAGCUAAGGAAAAGAUAGAGAAGAAACUUGAAGAAGAGAUGAGCGUGAUGGAGGAUAAGAUUGAGAAGAAACUUGAAGAAGAGAUGAGUGUGAUGAAGGCUAAGAUGGAGAAGAAACUUAAAGAAGAGAUGAGCGAGAUGUAG